AUGGAGAGAGAUGAAGACAUAGAGAAAGAGGAGGGGCGGAGUGCGUUGACAGUGGGGUUGGGGCUAGGCUGGGUCCGAGAGAGACAAAGAGAGAAGGGUGGAGGAGAGACUAAUAUGAGCAUAGAGGAGGGUGAGUAUGGGUUCUUAGGGUUGUUGGUGUGGAGGAUGGGUGGAGAUGGAGAGAGAGAGAGAGAGACUUAA